GCCCUCCCCCACCUCCCACCCCCCCAUUGACUGCGGAGAAUGAGAAACCUUUGGACAGGGAGAGGAGCCAGAUAAUAAACCCCAAUGAUUAAAGAUUGAGACCCGCGGAGAGAAACAUGUCGGUGGCCUUUGCAUCUGCCCGUCCUAGAGGCAAAGGGGAGGUCACUCAGCAAACUAUCCAGAAGAUGCUAGAUGAAAACCAUCACCUAAUUCAGUGUAUUAUGGACUACCAGAGUAAGGGCAAGACUGCAGAAUGUACUCAAUAUCAACAAAUACUACACAGAAAUUUGGUUUACUUGGCAACAAUAGCAGACUCUAACCAGAACAUGCAGUCUUUGCUUCCUGCCCCACCAACGCAAAACAUGAACCUUGGGCCAGGAGGAAUGCCUCAGAGUGGAUCCAGCCAAUCGAUCCAUUCCCAGAGCAAUCUCAGUGACGCCAUUGGAACAGGCCUCCCACCUUCCUCUCUUAUGCAGAGUCAGAUUAGCAAUGGUCCUAACCACGUGUCCAUGCAGCAAUCAGGGCAAAACACUAUGCCAACAACAUCUAUGAGCAUGACCGUCAGUAGCCAUGGCACAGGGCCAGGAUAUAGCCACACUGUGCCUGCUUCUCAAAAUGUGCCAAUGCAAGGCCAGGGAUCCAUAGGGAAUUACGUCUCUAGAACCAAUAUCAACAUGCAGUCUAACCCAGUUUCCAUGAUGCACCAGCAAGCGGCAACAUCCCAUUACAAUUCUGCACAAGGUGGGAGCCAGCAUUACCAAGGACAGUCCUCUAUUGCAAUGAUGAGUCAAAGCAACCAAGGAAGCAGCAUGAUGGGUCAGCGACCAAUGGGUCCAUACCGGCCCUCACAGCAAGGUUCUUCUCAGCAGUACAUGGGGCAGGAGGAAUAUUACAGUGAGCAAUACAGCCACGGUCAAGGCACUUCUGAGCCGAUGAACCAGCAGUAUUAUCCAGAUGGACAUGGUGAUUAUGCAUAUCAGCAGUCAUCUUACACUGAACAGAGCUACGACAGGUCAUUUGAGGAUUCCACCCAGCAUUACUACGAAGGAGGAAAUUCCCAGUAUAGCCAGCAGCAGGCAGGAUAUCAACAGGGAGCUGCACAACAACAGACAUAUUCACAGCAGCAAUACCCAAACCAACAGAGUUACCCAGGACAGCAACAAGGAUAUGGUCCUGCACAGGGAGCUUCCUCACAGUAUUCUAGCUACCAGCAGGGACAGGGGCAACAGUACGGAAGCUAUCGAGCUUCUCAGACAGGACCGUCUGCCCAACAACAGAGGCCUUAUGGUUAUGAACAGGGCCAGUAUGGAAAUUACCAGCAAUAAGGGACAAGUGUCCUUGUUGGAUUCAUUUCAAUACUACGUCCAUCUUUGGAACUUGAUGUACAGAAGGUUUUGACUACUUGUAAUAUGUCGGUUACCCCUUAGCACAAAGCAGCGUCUGUAUGUGAACAGUGUUCAUUUCAUGCCGGUUAUGAAGCAGUGCACUAUACUGGUAAAAAGACAAUGCUUUAAUGGUUUGAUAUAUUUGGUGCUGUGUAUAGUAUUGUAUGUUGCUACAAUGCAACUUUUUUUUUCUUUUCUCCUUCCUCUUCUUCCCAUUCUUGAUGUUUCUGAAUAGCUUUAGGGGUCAUUUUAUCAUCAGUUUUUUGUGCCCAUUUACGGGAAACAUCUAGGAUAUUCUGCAAUCCAUGUAUUCAUACAAACAGACCUUAGGUCUAAUUUCUCUAUUCAUCCUAAUGUAGUUUAGGAACUUCUGUUUAACUGAAUGCAAUGCAGCUUGUCCGUGAUUUAUGGUUGCCUCUCAAACGUAUGCCUCUUAACUAUACUGCUUUAGGGGCAGGGGCAUUCUUUGUGGUAUGUCCAUUUCCAUGCUACACAAUGAAAAAGAUAAAUAUUUCAUUUACUGGAGAUAUUAUAAACAAUACUUUCCAGUGCUUACUAAUUAGAUACUCAUGUCUCAUUCUGGUUCAGUCUAGCUGAGAAGCUCUACAUUUUUUUGUAUUAAAAGGUAAAGAGGGAUCAAGUAUUCAAGAGUCUGAAUCCAUAGAGGUAUCUUAGUGAACAAUAUAAAUUGAGGAGUAUGGUAUGAAGGGAAAGAAAAGGGAAUUCUUUGGGGAUUGGUCCAUUAGAAGUUAGUAUUGCUUUUGUUCUGUGUUUAUCUAAUAAAACAUUUCUGGCAUUUGCAUUUUUAAUGUGCUAGAUCUACAUUUAUAAAUAUUUUAAAUAUUAAUGCCAAAUUUUCCUGUCAAGUGGUUAGUUGUUUUUUUGUAUAUUAUUUCUUCUAGUUCAGAUCUCUAGGCAAAUUUUGUAGUCAUAAUUAAAGAUGUAUUUCUGGGAUAAGUUUAUUUUGCCUCUUUUCCUACAGGGACUUAUUUGGAAUAUAGAUCAGGCUUUAAGAAAAGGAAUAAAUAUUUCCCCUUUAACAAUUCAUGUUCUAUUUUGGACAAAUUAAAAAGUAGAAAUUUGUGAAAGUUUGUUUAGUGAAUUGUAGCUAAUUUAAUUUCUAAGUGAAAAUUAAGACUGAGAUCCUAAAAUCUGUAUAAACAAUAGAGGAACUCAUUUUGAACAACUUUAUUAAAGGAAAAAUUUGAAUAAAUGUCUAAUAUCAUAUGUUUGAGAUGCGAUCAAACUUUCCCUGGAUAACAAAACUUUUGCUUAACAGGAAAAGAGAAAUAACUGGGGAAAAUUACUUCAACUAAACACAAAUCUUUAUAGUAGAACAAAAUAUAACCUGAAGGAAAUGUCAUCUUUUUUAAUAUGUGUUAUUCUGGUGAAGAUAGUCUUUUUUAUUGUUGUUGUUAUAGGUUUUAUAUUUUGAAAACUUGAGUAAAAAAUAGAUAUGACAUAUUGAGGCAUAUACAUUUGUUUUCCUAAAAAAAAAAAAAACCAGUGGAUCAGAAUCACAGAAAUUUAGAACUAAAAGGGACCUUAGAGGACAUCUACUCUACCCCUCUUAUUUUACAAAUAGAGAAACCGAGGCCCUCAAGAAGGGAAAUGACCUGCCUUAGAUCACAUAGAAAAUUCGUGGCAGAACAGGAAGGAGAAGCUUAGGUCUUCUGACUCCCAGACCAGUGCUUUUCCUUUUGUUCUUCAUUGCCUCUCAAUCCACCAACAGAUACAUCAAUUGAUAAAAUUGAUCAACAAGUAGUAUUUAAUUGCUUUGUAAACAUGUGAUGAAAUGAAGAGAAGAUUGUUUUUUUCCAUCCCGAAUCUCUUCAUAUCAUCUUUGAUGGAUCUAGUGGCCAAAAAAAAAAAUAGUUCUCUUCUUAAAAGGCCACACACUCUUGGUCUCUUUUCAUUAUACUCAUUAGAUUUUCCACUGGUAAUACCUCCAGUUCUCCGUUGUGUUAUCUCCCUAGUGUGGGAUAUACACAGUUGUAUAUAACUCAACUUAGUACAGUUAAAGUGAUUUGUCAGUAUAGACUAUGACAAACAGAUGUCAUCAGCUUUGAGAACUAUAAAUCUUAAGGUAUUAAUUUACUGAGUUUAUUUCAGCACUCCUCUGGGGCUAGCCUCUCGGCAGCUCAGGUUUAAAAGCUCUAACUUAGUAUUUUAGUAUCAUAUGACUUCGAAUUAGAAGGGACUCCAAAUCUGGGCUUCUCUGCUUCCAGUCAUUACAGCCCAGAGCUACUUCACAGUACCAGGAGAUCCUUUUGGGUUUGUAAUAAAAGCCAGUACCUUGGACUUCUUUAUCCAUGCUCCUUGCCCAUCUUAGCUGUCAUUCUUAACGCUUCCAUUUUACUUUCAAAGACUUUCCAUGACCUUCCCCAAAUCUCAGAAAAGGAACAGAUCCCAGAGACUAACCUCCAACCAAAGCUGGGAUCUUCUCUUCAGCCUCCUUGUCAGAUAGUUAUCUAACCCCUUCCUGAACACCUCCUGUGACAGGGAACUUAUUCACCUCAAAUUUCAAUCCAUUUCUUUCUUUAGGCAAUUUGCUAGAAAGAUAUUUGCUCUUCCUUUAUAUGUUGCUUUUUGUUUGUUUUAACAUUAUCUGUAUUAAAUGUUACUUGAACUCUGCCAUUGCUAAAUUAGCAGUUCUUAAUAGCUAAAAAUUAUAUGAGCAGUUGAAUUAAAGGGAUCUAUCCCCUCUGGUAGUGUCAUUUCUUUCCCUUCAUUACAAUUCUAAUACAACCAAUUUGAAAAUUCAUUCAAGGAAUUUGAAAAUUCCCGUUGAAAAUAUUUAAAGUUUUAAAUAGCAAAGAAGAUGCAAUUUAUUUUGUUCCUUGCCAGAAUGGAAAUAUGCCUCUUAUGUACAUUUUUAAAGUACUAAAACAAUACUUUUGAGACAAAAAGGACAUUUAAAAAACAUUACCACUACUGUACCAAUUUGAAAUGUCUUACAUUAAGAAUUUCUUGAAUGUUGUGUAUAUAUUUAAAAGAGCACUUUGGAAAAUAGUUUGUACAUUUAUUUCCUAAUUUAUACAUGAUUUUUUGGUGUUAAUAUUUCUAACUGUUAAUAACAAAAUGUUUAUUUAAUGUGUUGUCCAUUUUUAUGUAUUUUUGUGGGAAGGAAAAGUAAUGCCAGCAAUUCUGACUUUUUCAUCAAUUGUAUCACAACUUCUGUAAUAUUGAAUGUUUUAAAAAGGCUUAGGCUAAAAUGACUUGAUCGUAGAGUGUGUUGAUGGUACUUUUUUAUAAACCAAUGAAAGACUUGAUUGAAGACCAGUGAAGAAGCAAUUGGGGGCUUUGGGAAAUGGAUGCCCAUACUCACCCCUUAUUGUCUGACAUAUCAUAAUACAUUUGAGAAAUGGUGGUGACGUUUUUUCAGAAUUGUUGAAAAAAAAAGAGACUGGUAUGCAAAGAUCAUCAUGCAUCCUAGUUUUGUGUUGAACAGUGUCUUUUGAUGAUAUAGCUUUAGAAUUUUGCAAAUAUUAUUAGGAACUCAUUUCAAAAGCCAUUGUUAAAGGUAUCAUGGUGGGAAAAGGUUUCCUAAAAGUUCAAAGGAAGCCUUCAUAUGUCUAUAUGGGUAGAGACUAAGUGAACCUCUGAUUUUGUCAGAUAUUUUAUAGAGACGAGUCUAUAGCAUCCAUUCAUGAUUGUAAAAAGAGGAAAAGUGUUUUCAUUUUCAUUUGAAAUUUACAGCCAUUACUACAUUCCUGUUUACUGAACAAAUCCAUUUAGUCUCUGUCAAUUGUGAGUACAGUACAUUUUUCAAUAAUCAUCUUGACUGUUAAUUUUUUUUCUGUCAGAUUUGAGUUCAGUGUAUAAAUGAAGUUUAUGCUUUUGAUGUAACCUAUUAAUAAACUGGUUCUUCUAAAAAUCAUA